AUGUUUGCACAAGCUUUAGGUUAUCUUAAUUCAAUUGGUCCUUUUUUUCAAUCAGUUUCGGAAGCUCAAGGUGCAGCAAUAUCCAUAUUCCGACUUAUUGAUGAGGUACAUGAUGAAAAUCUGAAUGAAAGAGAAAUAUUGCAAGAGAAUAUAUCUGAUGGAAAACUAAUUUCAAAUAUUAAUGGUGAUAUUGAAUUUGACAAUGUUAGUUUUUGUUAUCCAUCAAGAGAAAAUGUAACAGCUUUGAAUAAUCUUAAAUUGAUUGCUCGUGCUAAUCAAACAACUGCUCUUGUAGGUUCAAGUGGUUGUGGAAAAAGUACAUGUGUAUCACUUCUUCUUCGUUACUAUGAACCUUCUUCAGGUAGAAUCAUGAUUGAUGGUCAACCAAUUACAGAUCAUAAAAUCAAACAACUUCGUCAAAAUAUUGGAGUUGUUAGUCAAGAACCGAUUCUAUUUGGAAUAAGUAUUUAUGAAAAUAUUCGUUUUGGUAAAUUGAAUGCAACACGUGCGGAGAUUGAACAAGCAGCAGAACAAGCUAAUGCACAUAAAUUCAUUAUGAAAUUACCAAAUAAAUAUGAAACACUUGUUGGUGAACGUGGUAUACAAUUGAGUGGUGGUGAAAAACAACGUAUUGCAUUAGCUCGUGCACUUGUCAAACAACCCAGUAUUCUUUUAUUAGAUGAAGCAACAAGUGCUCUUGAUAAUGUUAGUGAAAAAAUUGUUCAAGAUGCACUUGAUCGAGCAUGCAAAAAUCGUACAACUAUAGUUAUUGCUCAUCGUUUGACUACAAUUCAAAAUGCUGAUUAUAUCUAUGUAUUAGAUAGCGGAAGUGUAAUUGAAGAAGGUACACAUGAAACAUUAUUGGCAAAAGAAGGAGGUAAAUAUCAAACAAUGGUCAAAAUGCAACAAUCUGAAAAAACGAUUGAUACACAAGAUGACUUAAUGGAUAUGGCAAAAGCAGCAGCUGAAGAUGAAGAAGAAAUAUUGGAACGCAUUCGGCUUUUGAGUGAGAGCGAAGCAACUGAUAUAAAUCAGGAAUUUAAUGAUUGUAAAUACACUGAUAUACGUCGUCGAGUGUUGAUUACAAGUGGUUUAUUUCUUCUUUUCGGCGCUGUUUUUAUGAUUCUUUAUUUUUUCCAAUUUGUGACUUUUGGAAUCGCAGGAGGGAAAUUAGUUAGUCGCCUUCGUUCAAAAGCUUUCGCAUGUUUUCUUCGUCAAGAAGUAGCUUAUUUUGAUCGACCCGAAAACAGUUCAGGUGCAAUAUGUACUCAACUGUCGUCUAAUGCAGCUGCUAUUCAAGACAUGGUUGGUUCAAGAUUAGGCGUUAUUUGUGAAACUUUAUCCAUGUCUACUUUUGGCGUCUUGCUUGGUCUUUUUUACUACUGGCAAUUAACAAUAAUCAUAGCUGUUCCUUUCAUUAUCCUACUGAUCGCCGUUACUAUACAAAUACGAUUGAAUUCAUGGUUCAAAACAGAAUCUGAUCUCAUUUACUGUCAAGCUAGCACGCUUGCUGUUGAAGUUCUUACUAAUAUGCGCACCGUAAAACAGUUAUCAAUGGAAAAUGAAGUUUUACGACAAUUUUCGAAUAUGAUUGAUCAUGUAUUAAGGUUAGUCUUGUAA